AUGUAUCGGUCGUGGUGCGCAGUUUGGGUGCUCCAAAUCCUAUUGUCGCUUGCGCAUGGAUCCCUACUGCCUCUGGACGUUGAGCGCCUGCGAGCUUCAGUGGGGGGGUACGCGGUCAUGAACUGUCAUCUAGAUUUCCCUUUCGGCAACGAGAUACCCUACCAUCUGCAAUGGGAUAAGGAUGGUGAGGAGAUUUUCUCGUGGUACAGUGGUGAUGCGGCACCACAACUGGCUGAUCGGUGGGGUGGGCGCGUGAGACGUGUCGGUCCGGGAGCUGGGGAAGAUGGCCACGAAAUGGGCGCACUCGCCCUCGGCGGUGGAGCCAUCAACGUUAGUUCUGUGCGGGAAACUGAUGCGGGCCUCUACCGAUGUCUUGUGGCCUUUCCAAACCGCACACCACCUUCCCGUAACAAUGGGACCUUCUAUUAUCUCGAUGUUGAUGGUGGAAACUUGAUUGUUACCCCACCGAUAAACAGAACAGUGAUUGAGGGGGAAAGUGUGGAAUUAGAGUGUACGCCACGAAGUCCAGAGUGGAUCGUGGCGUGGUUUCGGGAGGGCGAGAGCGUGCAUUCGCUGCCCGCGCUAGCAACGCGAGCAACGCUUGCACCGAACGGCAGUCUCGUGCUGAACCGAGCUCUAGCGACAGAUCUGGGUCAUUAUGAGUGUCGGGUCAGCACUGCUGAUGGACAGCGGCAGAGUGCUAGCGCCCAUCUGGAUGUGCAUUAUAAAGCGAAAGUUGUGUACUCGCCCAAGGAAAGGUACCUUGGCUACGGGCAGCCAGCUAGCUUGGACUGCCACUUCAGCGCCAACCCCCCACUCACCAACCUCCGCUGGGAGAAGGACGGGUUCCUCUUCGAUCCCUACAACGUGCCCGGCGUCUUCUACAGUCGUAAUGGAAGUCUACUCUUCAAUAAAGCUCUGCUGGACCCAGCGCUGGGGUACGACUGCGAGUACAACGUCCGCCUGAACUUCUUGUGCGCCCGCGGCCGCUCUACUUGGCGCGCUUGUCCCGCCCAAUUACACUGCCCUGUGUCGCAAGCGCCAGUAAUGCUGAAUCGCCAACUUUUGCCUGGACCCGUAAGGAUGGAAAUCCCUUGCCUGAAGGACGGUACACGCUCGAGGGGGGGAAAUUUAACGAUAAGCUCAGUAAGGGAGGAGGAUCGCGGAGUGUAUGUUUGUAGUUUGAGCAACGCUGCAGGUUCCGUUCGAGCGGAAACUGAGGUCUUGGUGGAGGAUGCGCCACCGCGGGCACCCCAUGGCCUCACCGCGCGUGCUCGCUCAACAACUGUGCAUAUAUCCUGGCAGCCAGGAGCAUCUGCGCCACCUGGCGGAGACAUAGAAUACACCGUGUGGUACAGAGAGAGAGACGAUUCUGAGUGGCGCACUAUGAGGGUACUGACUCGUGGUGCGACUGAUGCGACUGUUCUUGGUUUGCGUCCAGCUACACAAUACGAGCUGCGAGUUCUGUCUCAAGAUCAGCUCGGCGAUGGACUCUUCAGUAAACCGAUUUUUGUCAUCACGCCAGAGGUUGAUACAAAUGAAGGACAUACAGUUGUAGCAACGGCAGCUGUGGUUACAACGGAUGUCACAGAAGCUAGUACCGAGAGUGAGGAGAACGCUGGUGAAGCAGCGUGGGGGGAAGGGGUCACUCCGGGUGCAGUUGCUGUAGAAGGCGGAGCUGCUGAGCUGGAAGUACGAAUUAGAGUGGUGGAGGAAGGUGCUCUAGUGCGAUGGAGUCCUCAUAUUGGUGGCCGUUGCACGCUACGCUGGUACAAGGAUCAACAAGCCGAAAUGCUGGACCGCCAGCUCCUUUCAGUUUUGCAUACCCACCACGAUCAUUUGUUAGUAAGCGAUUUGGAGGAAGGCACCACGUAUUGGGCCCAAGUACAAUGCGGCGCCGCUUGGGGAGGCGCUGCGACAAGCACGCCCCAUACAGGGCGACUACGCGGCGCGGCACUGGGCGCAGCAUUAGGUGCUCUGCUGCUAGCAGCGGCUGCUGCUGGAGCGUGUUUCCUACGUCGUCGGUUACGCCGCCGCACAGCACCCCCUGACCAUAAACGCUCGCGUUGA